AUGGCGCUCACACCAGAAAAUGGGAUGAAACCCCCGCAGGUCUUAGCUGACCGUUUCAUGCAAUGCUGGAUACCAGCCGACAAAUCGUCGAAGAACUCUCUGUUUAAAGCUUGUACCCGUGCAUUAUUGUGGUAUCAUGUGUCUUUCUUCAUACUCUACUUCUUCUACCUUUGCUUCAUGUUCGCGCAGGUCAUGCUCAUAGAGUAUGUUAUUGGGGUUGUUCAGCAUAUCGACAUUUCGGGGCCAACGAUGAGGACCGCUCUCAUUGCUACACUCGCCAGAUAUAUGGGGAGCACGAUCACAAUGCAAGGCGCUCGUACUCUCCAGAACAGAGUCUUGGUAUACACCAAAUCCAUGCUAGUUAUGGCCGUUCAUGACAAAAAGCUGAAAUUAGACUCCGAAAUGUUUCUUGACAGUUCAUUAGAGCGAGUUCUCUCUGCCGAUAUUGAGUCGGCUGUUGACUACAUGCGCGGCACCCAGGCGUUUCUAGUUACGAUUAUCUCGGCUCUUAUUGGGUCCACUGUACUUUACCAUCUUGUGGGAAGUACAUGCCUGAUUCCUGUACUUUUAGCUCCGAUCUACUUUGCAGUAGAGGCUGGUUAUUUCGCAGAGAAAGCCUCUUUAUAUAGCCUCUACAGGCUAAGGAACAUUAAAAUGAUGGGACUUGGUACUGUUCUUUCCAACUAUCUUGAGCGACUAAAUAUCGAGGAAGUACACUCUCGGCUUCAAUACCGACGCGGUCACCUCACGUUGUGCGCUUUAUCCACCGUGCUGAAAACAGUUGUUCCGGUCACAAUUCUCGCUUCUGGUAUGUUUAUUACACAAAACUUGGACAUAAGUAAUGUCGGUCGCGUCUUCGCGGUUUACACCGCCGUUCAGCUGGUGGGAGAGUUUGCGAUUCCACAACGCUUCCCGAUUUCAGGGCUCUGGGAAGGCGCUCCGGCUUUUUUGUCACUACAAAAGUUCCUCGCCCUUAAAGAGCUACAUGCGCAUCGGCACAUUGUCGCCACUGAGACUGCCCAAGUCAGUUCGGCACACGUCUCACACGGGGGGGUGAUUCAGUUACACAGCAUCACCAUAACCCUGAACGAGGGUGAUGAGAUCCUCAAAGACGUUGAUUUGCAUAUCCAAUCUAAUAGAAUAACCAUGGUUGCUGGACCCGUCGGCUGUGGCAAGACAACGCUCUUGCGAACUCUGCUGGGGGAAAUUACCCCAGCCGCCGGAUCCAUAACCAUUGCCUGUGGAUCAAUGAGUUAUUGCGCUCAAUUGACGUGGCUUCCAUCACUCACGUUUCGGGAAAUAAUACUUUGGGGUCAUACAUACAUUGCUGAGCGAUACAGGGCCGUGAUAAUAGCUUGCUGUCUCGACGGCGACUUCCUACAUUGGCCUGAGGGUGACUCCACUUCUGUCGGGAAUCCAAAGUAUGCUCUCACGCGCAGCGCAAAACAAAGACUCGCGUUGGCAAGGGCAUUGUACGCACAAUCAGCCGUGCUCAUAUUCGACGAGGCCCUCUCUUUCGUUGACCCUUCCACCUCCGCAAUCAUCGCCGAGAAUCUUUUCGGACUGGCCGGGUUUCUCUCUACAAGGGAUUGUACAGUGGUCAUGGCUACCAAUAGCUACAAUUACUUGCGAUUCGCUCACAAUAUUCUGGAAGUGAAACCAGAUGGUAGCAUAUGGGAACACUGUAACCUUUCUGGGCUGAUCAAUUCGACACCCACUCCUGGAUUCGUUGAGCUCGACGGCCAGACUCUCGCGUCUGCCCCCGCGGCCCCCUCAGAUGGUACUGUUGCUCUACAAACAUUCGCGACUAAGGAGAACGAAGAUUUCGCGAAUGCUGGCUUUACCAUUCAAAAUUUCCACAACUUAGUCUAUAUUUUGAGACCCUCUGGAUAUGUCAAAAUGUGCGCGUGGCCUUGUGCAACAAUUCUGGCCUGCCUCGUGCAAAACCUACCUGAAUUAUUCUUGGCGCUCUCUUACGACCUUGGAGAGCUCAAGCCAGCGUACAUAGGCUACGUCGCCGUAAUUGGCAUUGCAAACGUCUUUACCAAUCGAGCAUGGGUGUCGAUGCUUUCGUUCAAAAUGAGUGGCGUGAUCGGCGAGACAAUGCAUCGUAAUCUCGUUCAAACUCUUCUGAGGGCUACUCCGGAAUUUAUCUCAAGCAAUUCUCAUUCCAACAUAAUUACAUUGUUUCAAGACGACCUAGAGGGAGUAUCGCAUCUUUUCUCUACAGCAUAUGGGCGUUCCUCAUUUAUGGUAAUGCAGCUCCUUUUCGUUGUCAUCCUCACAUCCUUCAGCGUGCGGUACGGCUUCUUGCUCGGCAUCAUAUCCCUCGUAUUUGUCUACGUCACACAACGAGCGUAUUUGUCCACCCAAAAGCGCCUUAGGUUUCGCCAUUCUCAAUCAAAAGAGGCAUAUGAUGCCUUCGUGCUACAAACGACGGCUGGUCUAGAACACAUCCGAGCUUUCGACCAGCAAAUGCAAACAAGGCGCGAAUUGCAAGUCCGGUUGCAUUGCACUUUAAAGUUGGACUAUUCUAUCGCGCAAGUACUGUGUCGCUUGCAGCUUUUAGCCGAGCUGUGGCAUUGCUUCUUGGCCGUGUCGGUUGUCUCCUUAGCCUUGGUUUUCCCAUCCCAAACAUCCCGCGGUAUUCUUGCGCUGACCCUGCUUUGUCUUGCGGACACCGCAUACUUUUCCUUCGGCAUGAUGGAUGCAAUGGACAUGAUGGAAGAACGCUUAUAUAACGCAUCCCGAAUUCGAAAAUUUUGUGAAGAGACGCCGCAGGAGGAAGACGGGCAAAACAACUGCUCUCCUCAGCGCGAGUGGCCAUCGGCUGGCGAUAUCGACUUUUUGCGCGCAACUGUGACGGCUGGGCAUGAUGCAGUUUUCCCAGGGCAUGGCGUGAGAGGUGCUAACGUGUCCAUCGAGGCUGGCCAGAAAGUUGGCCUGGGAGGCUACCCCGAUCACGGGCAAUCUUCUGUCAUCUUGGCAGUCCUCAGAAUGGUUGAUUAUUCUGGGGACAUCAGAAUUGACGGAAAAGAUAUCAAGACAAUUCCACGGGAGGUGCUGCGCUCGAAAAUUACCACCAUCACCGAAGAUGGCAUUGCUAUCUCUGGUUCCGUGAGGAUCAACGUUGAUCCCUACUCCAUCACCGAGGAUCGAUUUACGGAUGUUGAUCUCAUCAGUAUGCUGACUCGUGUUGGCCUCUGGCAAAUUGUCAGUCGCCGCGGUGGCCUCGAUGCCGAUAUUUCGCACAUGCACUUCUCGCUUGGUCAUCUGCAACUUCUAAAUCUCGCCCGCGGCGCUUUACAUAAACGGCGAGCGGGAACGAGAAUUGUACUGAUUGACGAAGCUACGAGCCGCCUAGAUGUCGACACGGAAUUCCAAAUGUCCGACUUCAUGGAUGGAGAAUUUGCGGGCGCCACGGUUCUCAUUGUAGCGCAGCGGCUACAGUGCUUUGAGACGGCGGAUGUGGUGUUGAUGAUGCGGGAGGGCAGAGUGGACAGUAUUCUUCGGCAGGAUGAAGACACAGGAGAAUGGUAUGAGGACUUUGACAGGGCAGAUGGCGGGGCAGUGUAG